AAAGUGGGGCGUUCGCGGAGAGCGGAUGCUGGGGCUGAGCAGGCUGGGAGAAGGCGUGGGUGGACCGCUCAGUGACCCUGACCGCUGAUCUGGACCCGAGGCCCGGAGGCAAAUAAAUACUUAUUUGGGGCAAGGAAGGAAGGAAAGUUUUAUUGCUCACGCACCUUAGAAAGUGAAAUGUCAGCGAUCGAUUCUAAUAGCUUAUGACUGAAACCUUCAUCUGUCCAACUGCUGGGACGUAGCGGGGCGAACCUUCUUAGAUGAAACCUGGGGGCAAUGUUCUCUUGUCGCCAGUUUGAAUCAACAGUAGGCCUUGGAAGAGAAGGUAGAGCCCUACUUACUGGAAUGUUCCACCUCAGCAGUGGAGUGCUGCUGUCCUGGGAGCCCUGGGUGAUGGGCUGAAGACACACGAUCGCUGUGGCGCUUGCAAAUCGAAACACCGCCCAGGAAAAAGGUGGAAGGAAAGGGCCUGAGUCUGAACAUCUGGGAAUGGUGAGAUAUCUAACACCCACCACCGGCAACUUAGGUUACCCUCCAUGGAAUCCACAUUUGUACUGCACACCUGAAGCUCUUGGCCAGCAUUCUACCAACUGAGUCAGCAGCAAGUUUUUGAGUCCCUAUUCCAGAGACAGAGACAGAUGGGGAGAAGCCAGAGACACAGAGAAGGCCCGUGAGGAUGAGAGCAGAAAUGGGGGCGAGGAGGCCACAAGCUGAGGAACAGCAGGAGCUGCCAGCAGCUGGGACAGGACAGGAAGGAUUCCCCCUGGGCCUUUGGAGGGAGCCUGGCCUGCCUGAUGCCUGAACCAGACUUCCGGCCUCCAGAACCAUGAGAGGAUAACUUCCUGUUGCUAUGGCCGGCACCGUACUGGGCCUGGGGGCCGGUGUGUGCAUCCUAGCCCUGCUCUGGGCGCUGGUUCUGCUCCUGUGCGUGCUGUUCUCCAGGUCCUCCGGUGUUGCUAGGUUCUCUGUCAUUUUUGCCUUCCUCGGUGCUCUGAUCAUCACAUCCGUUUUGCUGCUUCUCCCCAGGGCCAGUGAAGCCCCAGCCCCAGAGGUCGAAACGAAGGUUGUGGAUGCCUUUUUCAUUGGCCGCUACGUCCUGCUGGCUUUCCUCAUCGCUGUCUUCCUUGGAAGCCUCUUUUUGGUUCUUACGCAUCAUAUCUUAGAGCCAGUCUACGCCAAACCACUGCGGUCCUACUGAGCACCGUUUGGGAAAACCAAGACCCUGUUUCUCCUUCAGUUUUGGUGUCAUUGAUGGGCGGAAAGGCAGCGAUCGGAGCCUUGUUUUGACUGCCUUCAUGCCUCAAGCUCAGAGGAAUAUCCAUUCCUCACCAAGACAAAUCCCUCGAAUCCUGGCUUCCAGAAGUGGGGCUGCAAGAUUGUCCCUGUGCAGAUAGAUUCUCACCAGCCUAAGGGGGAUAUUGCUUUCUUCUUAGCACCUGUACCUCAGCUUUUCCAUCUGUUUUGAAAAGGAAAUCGUAGGAGUGAUCUGCUCAGAGUAGAUUUUCAAUCCAGAUGUCAGUGAGUAGAUUUGGGGUAAAGCAGCACUUUGGCUUCUGCUGUCUGAUAGAUGGAAGAAUCUGGUCCUUUUAAUAUAUGACAUUUUCAGUUACAAGGUCAGGAUCACUGGGAAAGGAAAGGCACUCAAAGUUCAAAGGGUUACUUGAUGUGCUGAGUUGGAAGGCUGCUCAGGUUUUGAGCAUCCUAUGCGUGUCACGCCGCAGAAUUCUGUAACGGCGGUGGUGUCACCUCCCUCUGCUCUGAUAAAUCAAUAGCCAAGAACCAAAGGAGUGACUUCACUUCAGAUUCUUGGCCACAACUUCCUGAAUCUCAUAUUUCUAGAUUUCAAAUUUACCUGGAGAUUAGGAGGAAGGGUAUGAAAAUCUGGUUGGUUGUCUCACUUUGUAUCUCUGGGAUUCUUUUUUCCUAGGAUUUGGUGGCCUUUGAGUGCCUCAUUAUGUUACUGUAAGAGCCCAUUUGGGGUUAUUGGCAUCUCUUUUCAUCUUUGUAGCCCAUUCUCCAAAGCUAGUGAGGGAUUAGAUGUAACUUUGAACCUGUCUGACAUCCCUGACCAAGUGAAAUUUGUCAUUAAGCGGAGCAGCUGGUUCCAUUCUGGAAGAUUUUCUGGCUUAAAAUUAUGAACCAGAGAACAAGUUGGAGAAAGAACUUGGAGUACAUGCUAGAUGCCGGUACUAUACUAGUUCCCCCAAAAUUCAGUUUAUUUCAACUUUACAACAAUCUAUUAUGAUUCCCAUUUUGAAGUAGAAAAAAGUACUGUGUAAAGAGAUUAACUAACUUGCCUAAGAUGCAUGCACAUAAUGGCCGGUGUGCAUACCCAACCGUGGCCAAAACCAGGGCCUGUGUUGGACUCCAAAGAAAACACACCGAGCUUGUGGCACUUACGAGAGCUUGAGGAAGUUAGGGCCACUUCUCCUCUGCUUUCCCUCCUGGGUCCUGUUGGUGUCAAAAAGGUACCCAGUCCUGCCACCCUGGUGGGGGUUAAGCUCUAAACAAAGAGGAGAGAACUAGUGGUCUGGGGCAGCCCAGGGCAGGUAAGGGCCAGGUGUCGUUACCUCUACACUUGAACUGCCUCUAUAUUAUUCACUAUGGGAAACCUUUGCGGAUAAGGCCUCGUACGGAAAGCUUUGGAGGAAAUAGUUUCUUAACCUGGCCCACAUAUAAGAAAAGAAAGGAGACGCAGCCCUCCAAGCAGACCGGAGGGGAGAAAGGAGAAAAGGUGCCCCUCUCUGGACACUGGUGCUGACACUUGCAGAUACCCGUGAGCAUCUCUGUGCAGCGACGCUGAGCCAGCCCAAGUGGAGCACUGACUCGUAAUGAGCACAGGCUGCCGUUUGUCACUUUCUCCUGAGAGACUUGCUGAAAAAGCAAAACGGGGAAAACUCUUGGAGGUUCCUGCUAUGAAUCCAUCGUUUUUAUUCCCCAGCAAAGGUGUCCAGCCAUUAGAUCGAUGGAGAAUAGCUAUGAAGUUUCGGGGCACUACUUACAUGCAGAAAAACGUGUGAAGACUGGAAUCUAAAUUCCUUCCCCAACACCACUGCUGUCUAAUGCUUUUAUCACACUGAUGUAAAUGACAGGCUGGUGUGUUAAGGGCAAAAGACUGUACUUUGUGCACAGUGUAUUUUAGGUUGGCCUGUCAUCUAUGGAUCUCAAGUCUGAAUCUUUAAGUACCAGCUGUGGUGAAAUGAAUGGUAUCCUUUCUCCCUUCCCACUCAAAGGCGUCAUGGCCGCCCCCACAGGGGUGGGAUAAGGAGUGGAAGGCUGAGAGGGCACAAAAUGAAUUCCACUGAGAGUUCCACAGGGGGAAGCCCUAAAUCAGCGUCUGGUAUGGCACCCUUAUGCUCAGGACCUAGCUGGAGGCUGGGCUUACAGGUCGCCCCUUACAUAUAAGUAAAAAUUGCCUUAGUGCCUCAUGUAUCAUCUGUGAUCAAUGGCCUUUGACUAAGCUCUGAGGUGUCUGAGGAUGUCUUCCUAACUCCAUCCUGGAUUGAAGGUGUCCAAUUAUUUCGAAAUGUUUUUGUUCCAAAUUAAAAUAAUCCAAUUCUUGUUCUAUUCUCUGAGAUGCAAACUUUUCUAUCAUAUUAUCUCAUUGAUGCUUCAGUUGAAGCAUUUUUAUUUUACUUGGUUUUUGUUCAAUGUAUAAAGAAGCCUGGUGGAAUUAUUUUACAUAUGAGAAACAGGCCGAGUGCUGAAGGGAUUUAAAAAGUUUCACAUCUAGUUAGUGGGGCUCAAACUUGACAUCAGGAUUCCUAACGUCUCAUUUCUUAGAUAUUUUAAAGAUUAGUUUUGGCUUUCAAACAACUCCCUUUUUUUCCUUUUAGCUCUUUGUACCAUUUCCCUAACUCAUCUCCAAAAAAAGGCAAAAUUCUCAUUAAAGAAUUCCUAAUUGA